AAUGCAUGCCCAAUCUCCCCUCACCAUAGCAGAAUACUACACCAAGAACAUAUCUACUCCCCUUCCAAAUGGCAACCAUAUCGAGCAUCAGCCUCUCAACCCCUAGAACCGUGCCCAAGUCGGCUGAGCUGCAGAAGCUGGCCGCCUCCACCUCCCCGCAGCUGAAUUACCCAUGGAGGAGGUCCUACCAGCUCAGGGCUCGCCGCCACAUGGUGGUAGCUUCCGCUGCCCCAGAGAAAAUAGAGGAUAAGGUGGCCGAGAGCAUAAAGGGAGCGGAAGAGGCAUGCUCUGGUGACCCCGUGAGCGGGGAGUGCGUGGCUGCCUGGGACGAGGUGGAGGAGCUGAGCGCGACGGCAAGCCACCUUAGGGACAAGAAGAAGGAUUCGGAUCCCCUAGAGACUUACUGCAAGGACAACCCGGAGACUGCCGAAUGCCGUACAUACGAGGAUUGAUUUCUCUUCGCUAUAGUCCUUGCCAUGUCCUUGAGAUGAUUAAUCUUAGUUCUGGUUGUUUAUGCUGUGGGAAUAGUAACACCGCGUUGUACUUUCAUCAGAUAUACCUUGCACCAGUGGAAUUUAUUGGUGACGAACCUGAAAACCUGCUAAUGAAUAUGCGUAUUCCUAUAUAA